UCAAGACCCAUGGGUGAGGGAAGCCAAGUGUUGAGGUGGCUGGUCUGCUUGAGCCGCCUCACUGUGCCGCGGUCCCUCCAAGAACCCGCACGCAUCUCACCUCUUUGCCUCCGUGUCCUGCCAGCCUGCAGGACUUAGCACACGGGAAGACAAGAGAGACUGAGUCGUUUGAGGCAUUAUGGGAGGCUUGCUGAGUGUGGCCUGGGGAUGGGUGACUGCGGCCGGGAAGGCUGGGUCCAUCAUGCAACCAGAGGAAGGAAGCCUGGGCCCAUAUGCAGAUGUGCCAGACAAGACCACUGGCCUGACCCUCCGCCACCGCACCGCCAUCUACCGCACCUGGGAUCUCGUCAGACCCAACGUGAAACUCCAUGGGCCUAACUUCUUCCGCGCGAUGUUUGAGGCAGAGCCAAUACUGCAAACCAGAUUCAAAAGCUUCAUUGGCAAGACUAAGGAGGAACUCAAGAAGGACAACAAGCGACUGGUGGCACAUGGGACUACUGUGUUCAUGGCUAUCACCUCACUGGUGGACAACCUGGAGGACGUGCCCGUGUUGGUGGAACUCAUCAAGAAUACAGCAAACAAUCACAUACGGCAUGGUGUCCCUAAGGAAGACUUCGAGAUGCUGCCGCCAAUACUGCUUAAGUUCAUGAGGGACACCCUGGGGUCAGCCUGGAGCCCCGUGGCAGAGGAAGGCUGGUCUCAAGCUGUUAAAGUCAUCAUCUCGGUCAUCCUCAGUGUUUAUGAUGAAUGAUGGUUCUCUUGUCUUCCCUUCUCUUCUGCAACCUGUUCCUCACUUUCUCUCUCCACCUACCUUUCGUAUUCUCCCUCCUCCUCCUCCUCCUCACACAACACAAUUCAUGCUUAGGUCUUCAUUGCUGCUCCAGCACAAUCUUGUCGCACAUCACCUUAUUCCAGGAUGCAUACAUUACUGCAACUAUAUGUAAACACGCUUAACCACACACUUGAUGUACAUGCACUCAAUUACAUGUCCUUACACACACACACACACACACACACACACACACACAUUCUUUUUUUAACCUUCAUUAUAAACCAUUACACAUAGAAACAUCAUAAAAUGUUAUAGAUUUUACAUAUCUACAUGUAAUACAAUACACACAAUACAUAAUUAUUAUGUAUGUAUAUAUUUCAAGUUGAUAAAUAAUACCGAAUUGCAUACAGUUUCAUACAAUGUGCAGCAAAUAACAAUUACUAUGUAAAAUGUACUAUGUAAAAUUAUAUGUAAAAUCAUGUAAUGUUCCUCCUUCUACAUGUGUUUCAGCCUCGGUGUCAAGCACCCAUGAUGCACAAUUGGACGUGUUUACUUACCAUGUAUACUCUAAUAGAAUAAGUAUAAUCGAAAGUAUUCACAGAGAGUGAAUCUGAGUGGGAAAGGAGGAACUUUCAUAAGUGUCCAUAGCAUUAACUAUAUCUACAUAUCAGACCAGCAGUCACACACGGUGUGACCCAAAUAAGGCUUACAUCAUUCCCACUCUUGGUCCUGUUGGCCACCAGUGGAAAGGAACAGUCCUGUAAUACACAGGCAGACACGGAAAAACACAGGCAACAGACAACACAUUAAUAAUAAUGGAAAUAAAUAAAUAAAUAGAUAAAUAAAUAAAUAAAUAAAGACGUCAUAUUCUAUAUGAGACUAUCCCUUUCCACCAGUGACCGAUGGCCUUAAGAGUGUGAAUGUUGUGUGUAUGAGUGUACUGUGCUUUGCCUGGGCCACCUUGUGUGGGAUUGCGGGCUUAGCAUAUAGAUAGAUAAAUGGAUAUACCAUA